AAUUAUCAUAGACCACAAUAUAUUAUCCACUUCUCACUCUACACAUCUCUUCCUUGCGCACAACCUCAUCUCAGCCGUUCCUUCCUCUCAGCUGGAAGGAAAAGUCUCUUCAUCUUCUUCUCCUUCUCUCACCCACCAUUUCAUCCCCUCUUCUCUCACUUUCUCUCUCCUCCAUUUUUCUUCUGAUUUCUGGUGGAAAUCAUGGCUGGGGCAUUAAUUCAAUCAACUAACAUCCCUGCUUCAUUUGCGUUAAAUGGUCAAUUUCAAAGAUCUGGUAAGGGUAAGAAGGCUGUGAAGAUGAUGGCCAGCCUUCAAGCCCCCGGAUAUAGAGUGCGAAGUUUCUCAGGGUUGCGUGGAGGAAAUGCAUUGGAUACUUUGGGUACUACUAGUGAAUGUUUCUAUUCCAAGAUGAGAGCUGUGCUCUCUGUACGUAAAGGGACAGCCAGCCGGGGUGUAGUUAGAGCUAUGUUUGAACGUUUUACUGAGAAAGCAAUUAAAGUUAUAAUGCUUGCUCAAGAAGAGGCGAGACGGCUAGGUCACAACUUUGUUGGCACUGAGCAGAUUUUGCUGGGUCUUAUUGGUGAAGGCACUGGAAUUGCUGCUAAAGUUCUGAAGUCCAUGGGAAUUAAUCUAAAGGAUGCUCGUGUAGAAGUUGAGAAGAUAAUUGGAAGGGGCAGCGGAUUUGUUGCUGUAGAAAUUCCAUUUACUCCUCGUGCCAAACGUGUUUUGGAGCUUUCAUUGGAGGAAGCCCGUCAACUUGGCCACAACUACAUUGGAUCUGAGCACUUGCUUCUGGGUCUUCUUCGUGAGGGUGAGGGUGUAGCUGCUCGUGUUUUAGAGAACCUGGGUGCUGAUCCUAGUAACAUUCGUACUCAGGUUAUUCGUAUGGUGGGUGAAAACACAGAAGCUGUUGGUGCUGGUGUUGGAGGGGGCACUACAGGGAACAAGAUGCCAACCUUGGAGGAGUAUGGAACAAACUUGACAAAGUUGGCCGAAGAGGGAAAAUUGGAUCCUGUUGUUGGAAGACAGCCACAGAUUGAACGGGUUACCCAAAUUCUGGGUAGGCGAACAAAAAACAAUCCUUGUCUUAUUGGUGAGCCCGGUGUUGGUAAAACAGCAAUAGCAGAGGGCCUUGCUCAAAGAAUUGCUAAUGGUGAUGUUCCAGAAACAAUCGAGGGAAAGAAGGUUAUAACUCUUGAUAUGGGACUUCUGGUUGCUGGAACUAAAUAUCGUGGAGAGUUUGAAGAAAGAUUGAAGAAGUUGAUGGAGGAAAUAAAACAAAGUGAUGAAAUAAUUCUAUUUAUUGAUGAAGUACAUACUUUGAUUGGAGCCGGGGCAGCAGAAGGAGCCAUUGAUGCUGCAAACAUCUUGAAGCCUGCUCUUGCAAGGGGUGAAUUACAGUGUAUUGGAGCUACCACCCUCGACGAAUACAGAAAACACAUUGAGAAAGACCCAGCAUUGGAAAGAAGGUUUCAGCCUGUUAAAGUGCCUGAGCCAACUGUAGAUGAAACUAUACAGAUAUUGAAGGGGCUGCGUGAACGCUAUGAGAUUCAUCACAAACUUCGGUACACUGAUGAAGCACUGGUGGCUGCAGCACAACUGUCAUACCAGUAUAUCAGUGACCGUUUCCUUCCGGAUAAAGCUAUCGACCUUAUUGAUGAAGCGGGCUCCCGAGUUCGGUUGCGCCAUGCACAGCUCCCUGAAGAAGCUAGAGAGCUUGAGAAAGAACUUAGGCAGCUCACGAAAGAGAAGAAUGAAGCUGUUCGAGGCCAAGACUUUGAAAAGGCUGGUGAGUUGCGUGACAGAGAAAUGGACCUCAAGGCCCAAAUUAAUGCUCUUAUAGAAAAAAACAAGGAAAUGAGCAAGGCAGAGACAGAAGCUGGGGAUGUUGGUCCUACUGUCACAGAAACUGAUAUUCAGCACAUAGUCUCUUCCUGGACUGGUAUUCCAGUUGAGAAAGUGUCUACAGAUGAAUCUGACCGUCUUCUCAAGAUGGAGGAAACACUUCAUACUAGAGUUAUUGGUCAAGAUGAAGCUGUUAAAGCCAUUAGCCGUGCCAUCCGUCGUGCUCGUGUAGGCCUUAAGAACCCCAACCGUCCAAUUGCUAGCUUCAUCUUCUCAGGGCCAACUGGUGUUGGAAAGUCCGAACUUGCAAAAGCUUUGGCUGCUUACUACUUCGGUUCUGAAGAAGCCAUGAUACGGCUUGAUAUGAGUGAGUUCAUGGAAAGGCACACUGUAUCCAAACUUAUUGGUUCACCUCCUGGUUAUGUGGGUUACACUGAGGGUGGCCAGCUUACUGAGGCUGUUAGACGCCGUCCUUACACAGUCGUGCUUUUUGAUGAAAUUGAGAAGGCUCAUCCUGACGUCUUCAACAUGAUGUUGCAAAUCCUUGAAGACGGCAGGCUGACAGACAGCAAGGGAAGGACCGUCGACUUUAAAAACACACUCCUGAUCAUGACAUCGAAUGUUGGAAGCAGUGUAAUUGAAAAAGGUGGGCGCAGGAUAGGUUUUGACCUAGACUAUGACGAGAAGGACAGCAGUUACAACCGAAUCAAGAGCCUUGUGACUGAGGAGCUGAAACAGUACUUCAGGCCUGAGUUCUUGAACAGGUUAGAUGAGAUGAUUGUGUUUAGGCAACUUACAAAGCUGGAGGUUAAGGAGAUUGCCGAUAUUAUGUUGAAGGAAGUAUUUGAGAGGUUGAAGAACAAGGAAAUUGAGCUUCAAGUAACAGAGAGAUUCAGAGAUAGGGUGGUGGAUGAAGGUUACAACCCUAGCUACGGUGCUAGGCCACUGAGAAGAGCCAUAAUGAGACUUCUGGAGGACAGCAUGGCUGAGAAGAUGCUUUCAAGAGAAAUCAAAGAGGGUGAUUCAGUGAUUGUAGAUGUUGAUUCUGACGGAAACGUUAUGGUCCUCAACGGUAGCAGUGGUGCACCUCCUGAGAGCUUACCAGAGGUCAUCACUGUGUAGAGAUCAAACACUCCUACUGAUACUUCCUAUGUUUAUUUGUACUUGGAUUUGCCUUCUGAAUUCCGUAUACAUAUGGUCUUUGUUAUGAAUGUAGAGAUUUUAAAGCAGGACCAAUUGGUUUACAGUGGCCAUUUGUGACAUUAAUAACAUGUCAUAACACAGAUUCAGAAAGUUGUAGUAUCAAUUUUUCUCUGAGAAGUAUGAUAGUAGGUAAACUUUUGGCUUUUGUAGGAGUUAGAAUGAUGUAGCUUAAGGAUAAUGAAAUUCUUAUUCUAGUAUAGUCUGUUUAUCCUGUUCAAGUAAUUAAUGGUUCAUCCUUUGUGA